AUGUUUACUGGUCAGCAAAUAAAAGAUUUUGCAGCUUCAAGAAACAUUAAUAUGGUUACUUCAACCUCUAAUUAUGCACAGGCCAACGAACAAGUUGAGGCGGUAAAUAAAAUUUUGAUCAAUUUGAUAAAAAAGCAGAUCAGAAGUAGACCUCGAACUUGGCAUGAUACCUUGAGUCAAGUGUUGUGGGCUUAUCGAAAUUCACCAAGGGGGUCAACAGGUACUUUCCCUUAUAAAUUAGUAUAUGGACAUGAUGCUGUGUUACCAUUAGAAGUCAAUCUUAAUACUUUGAGAGUAUUAAAGCAAGAUGAUUUUUCUAUUGACGAUGAUUGGAACGCAAUGUUCGAUGAUUUAAAUGAUUUAGACUUAGAGCAUAUAGCGACGCUUGAAAAUAUGAUCCGGCAAAAAGAAAGUAUUGCUCAAAGUUAUAACAGUCGAAUAAAAGAAAAAUGCUUCAGUAUAGAAGAGUUGGUUUUGAAAGUUAUUUUGCCAAUGGAAAAGAAAUCGAGGGUUCUUGGCAAAUGGUCCCAUACUUGGGAAGGGCCUUUUCAAAUAGUUGAAUUAUAUUCUGGAAAUGCAUAUCGAAUCAAAGAUAUCGAAUCUGAAAAUGUAGUCAAAUCGAUAAAUGGAAAGUACUUGAAGCAAUACCAUUGUUUAUUGAAUCACAAUUAA